UCAUUGCUAAAAGUAAGUCUUAUCUAGGUACAAAAUGAGGGAAUACCUCUUUCAUGGCCCCAUUCGUCGAAGAUAUUGAUGCAUAUUUUUCCUCUUCCAUCUUCUUCGUUUCAUUGUUUUUCAUGAGUGCAUUGUUCCCUUCGCUUUUCAAAGUAUCCUUUCGUCCUGUCAUAGAAAGUACCAGCAAUAUCCAUUUUUCUCCUACUUCUGUUUGUCAUAUCAUGAAUUCCGCAACUUCAGCAUAUCAAAGCUCUUUCGGAGCUGAAGGCAAUUCAGGUAUUGCUCCAAAGCAAAUGGCUCAGUUCCAAAAGCUCAGGUUGAAUGAUGGAAAUGAGAUUCCUGUGCUGGGAUUUGGCCUUGGGACUGCUCAUUAUAAACCCAAUUCCGACGGACCUAUCGACAAGGGAAUUGUGCAGACGGCUCUUAUGGCCAUUAAUGCUGGUUACUAUCAUUUGGACGGAGCUCAAGGUAAUUUCAAUCCUUCAAUGUGGUCCAGAAUUUCUAUUUGUAACACAUUCUUCCAGCAUAUGGCAAUGAGAGGGAAAUGGGCAUGGCAAUCAAAGAAUCCGGUGUUCCGCGGGAGAAAUUCUUCAUCACUACGAAAAUCACUGGUACCCAAGCAGUCGACACUCAAGCUGCUUUUGAAGAAUCUCUGAGGAAGCUCCAGCUUGAUUAUGUCGAUCUGUACUUGAUUCACGCUCCAUUUUUUGCCAAUACUCCUCAAGACCUCCGGAGUAAAUGGGCGGAUAUGGAAGCUAUUCAUGCAUCUGGAAAAGCCAAGUCUAUUGGAGUGUCCAACUUUCUACAAAAGGAUUUGGAAGCCAUUUUAGAAACAGCCAAGAUUAUUCCUUGCAUCAACCAGAUUGAAUAUCAUCCUUACCUUCAACACGGAUCUUUGAUUCCUUAUCACCGAGAAAAGAAUAUAGCAAUAGCCGCCUACUCUCCAUUGACGGCUGCCGUCAAAGCUUCUCCAGGACCGUUGGAUAGUACAUACGCUGAACUAGCUAGAAAGUACGGUGUGACUCCUGGAGAGAUAGCUUUGAGAUGGAUUAUUGAUCAAGGAAUGGUAGCAUUAACUACGAGUGGGAAUGAACAAAGAUUGAGAGCCUACCAAAAGGUUAGCCAAUUUAAGCUAACACCUAAGGAGGUCGAGGACAUUGCUAGAAUUGGUAACGAGAAGCAUUAUAGGGGGUUUUGGAAGAAUAAGUUUGCGCCGGAUGAUAGGUCAUAGAUAUGUCUGUUGCUGGGAAGAUUGAAAAAGCCGUGGCAAGAAUGUAUCAAAUCAGUAAAGCUAUUCACGGGUUACUUUCGUGAUGUUAACGUGCAAAUAGAACUUAUAGUACGUCAUCUAGAUAGAUUUUCCAAGCUCGUUCAAUA